GACUCCCGGACAUCUGUCAUCUGCAGGGACUCCUACAACGCUUCCCUGGCUACCUACCACCCCUGGGUGGUUCGGAAGGUGGCCACGGCGGCUUUCUGCACGCUGCCCUCGCGGAAGGCCUUCCUGGAGAUCAUGAACGUGGGCACGCCCGAGGAGGCCAUCGCCAUGCUGGGCGAGGCCCUACCCUACAUCUGCGACGUCUACGGCAUCACCCAGGAGCUCUUUGCCCAGCAUAAGCUGCUGGACCUUCCUUGA